AUGAGAAAAUUUUCAAGUUUGCCAAAGCUUGUUGCGCUAUUUGGCAAGCAAAGUCAGUUAAAAAUACAUUUAAUCAAUGUUGAAUGUCAUGAUUCGAACAAAUUGCAACGACCACCACAACCAACAGACCUGGACAUUCAUACUCUGUAUGAUACUUUUUACGACACUAUGAAACCCUUGGUAGAUAAACUUGCAGCUUACGAUGUUGAUAAAAUUCAAAUUUAA